CACAGACUGCAGACCACCCCCACACUGAAAGGGGAGGGUGGGAGGAGAGCCAACAGGCACAUUAGCAACUUACAGUCUACACAAAGAGAGCAGAAGACCCGUCGGGGGAAAAAAAAGAAAAGGGGUUGGCCGUUUAACGAGGCACUGCCGGCUGCGUCUGACAACCAUUUCACACCUCCUAGUCCUCCUGAGGAAAAGUAAACUUCCAGCACAGAGACGGAUCAGUGCGGCAGAGGAGAAGACCAUUGGAUUCACACACAUAUCUUCUUUUUGACCGGAUGACCGCUUCACGGGUGAAAGAUGAAUCUCCAGCUGCCGGGCGACCGCGUGAGUGAUUCUGUGGCGAUGGGAGACGUUUCCCAGCAGACCCGGUGACUUCCACCAGCGCGCCGUAAGCCUCCUGCUGAAUGCUGAAAGCCUAGGAUGGAAGAUCCACCGAGUGCUGCUUUGAGGCACUGGAACAACACACUCGACCUCCACAACCUCAGCCACCUCACCUCCUCCCUCACACACACACGCACCACCAGCCACUUCCCCACCAUCACCAAGCAGACCGGCCCCGGCGCCACCGGGUGACAAGAUUGCAGAAUGUUUGUGAAUUUCCGCCGGAUACGAAAAUGCCAGUGUGUGCAGCUGAUGACCACCUGCCUGGUGCUAUCAGUGGUGAUGGUUUGCUGGGAGUCGCUGGACAACAACGUCGUCAGCCACAUCAAGUCCUACUCGUUCCGUUACCUUGUCAACCGCUUCACCUACAUCAACAAGAGCCUCACCAUCCCACGUGAGCAAGCCAGAAGCUUCAGCAACUUCCGCUACCUGCUGGACCACUCGGAUAAGUGCGCCGGCCAAGACGUCCUCCUCCUCCUCUUUGUCAAAACAUCCCCGGAGAACAUCGAGAGGCGAAGUGCCAUCAGAUCCACCUGGGGCAAUGAGACCUACAUCCGAAACGCCCUGGGAGUGACAGUCAAGGUGGUGUUCGCCUUAGGAACACCUCCAGCCACGGUUGACGUUCAGGAGCUGCUCAUCCACGAGGACCGCCUCAGUGGCGACUUGAUCCAGCAAGACUUUUUAGACUCCUUCCACAACCUGACCCUGAAGCUGAUCCUGCAGUUCCACUGGACGCACAUCCGCUGUGCGCACGCUCGCUUCCUCAUGACGGCGGACGACGACAUCUUCGUCCACAUGCCCAACCUGGUGAGCUACCUGCAGGACAUGAGCAGCAGAGGCGUCACGGACUUUUGGGUUGGCCGGGUGCACAGAGGGGCGCCGCCGAUCCGCAGCAAAGACAGCAAGUACUACGUGCCCUUUGAGAUGUACCAGUGGCCGUCGUACCCCGACUACACAGCUGGGGCCGGGUAUGUUGUCUCCAGGGACGUAGCGGACAAAAUCUACCAAGCCACGCUGACCCUGAACGCCUCUCUCUACAUAGACGAUGUGUUCAUGGGCAUCUGCGCCAAUGCUGUUGGUGUGUCUCCGCAGGAGCACAUCUAUUUCUCAGGUGAGGGCAAAGCGCCCUACCACAUUUGUAUCUAUGACCGGAUGAUGACCUCACACGGUCACGUGGAGGAUAUCUAUGACCUGUGGACGGCAGCGACCCACCCGCAGGUGAAGCAGGAGACUUCUGGACUUAUUGGGAGGCUGUACUGCACAGCUGUGAAAGUGUCUCUCCUUUGUAAGCCAUACUAUUUUAACACCUACCCUUGCAAAGCAGCCUUUUUGUAAUCGUGCGUCAGUGUAUGUGUGUGCGUCCGUGUGUGACAGAGAGAGAGCGAGCGUGUCAUGGGUCAAGAUUAUUGGAGGAUCAUUAAUGCAAGUAUUACCUCUCUCCUUUCAGAGAUAAUAGACACCGAUGUCAACAGGAGCGUGUCCUGUGUUUGCAGAGGCAAAAGAGAUCAGGUUCAUGAAGUCACUGACGUUAUGGUUUAAUAAUGUAAUAAAGCUGGCUUUGCAUUGAUAGUAGAAUGUGGUAAAAUAGUUUGUAGAAUGUGGUAAAAUAGUUUAUAAACAUACAUGUCUAAACUUACAUGUCGUCCCAACUCAAACCACCUGUUCUCACACAUUUUUAUUUUCCAUCCCUCCUGAUCUUGGACUUUAUUUCUGCUGCUGUGACACACAUAUCGGUUGCAAAACAUGGUAAUACUAAAAAAAAAGGAUGUGCAACAAAGCGACGGCUCUUAAUUGAACAUUUUUUGUAAUUUGUUUUGUGAAAGGGCUUCUUUUUUUUAUUCAAUAAAAUCUCCAACGUGAAAGUCCAA